GGAAGGGAGUCAUUUGGUCCUUGUUCCUUUUUUCCGCUGUUUUUUCUCUCAAAAAAAAAUUAUAUCUUUUCUCCUCGCGCCCUUACCCUUAUGGAACCCUCACACUGCGGCGAUAUGCUGCAAGGGGCUCUGUCGGAGGGUACCUUGUCAGAGGCUAUUCCAGCCCCCCCUCCAGGGCCGUCUUUGAUUUCUGUUUCGGCCACUGUUCCAGGGCCGGUUACUGACGGCGCGGCAGCAGCCGUAGCCAUUGAAAGCUCUGAGACGGCUUCGUGCCUAGAGCUGGCUCCGCCGCGAAAGGCAGCAAAGAAAGCGAAGCAUUUAAAGGAGCCCAACGAGGGGAAAAAAGAAAAGGAAGAAGCAGCUGGCCUCCGGCGGGGCUCCGCUAAGCGAGAGGUUACAGCUACAGGCAGUUCGGGCGCAGUUGCCCUCGUCGGCAGUUGCCAAUUUUCCCGCCGUUUAUCCGGCGGCCAUUUUGGUGGCUUCCCCUACCGUAGAUUCUCGGAGUGCUCCGCCUGGGGAUAUCAGCUCACAGGGAGCGUCCAGCACGGGGCCGGCGGGGGAUCAUGUUAGGGGGCCUCAUGGAGAACUCCUCUUCCCCAAUCAAUGAACUGAGUCAAGUUCCCCUGCCAGUGAUGCUGCUCCCUGAUGACUUCAAAGCCAAUUCCAAAAUAAAGGUGAACAAUCAUCUCUUCAACAGAGAAAACCUGCCCAGCCAUUUCAAGUUCAAGGAGUACUGCCCACAGGUCUUCCGCAAUCUCCGCGAACGCUUCAACAUAGAUGAUCAGGAUUAUCAGGUUUCUCUGACACGCAGCCCACCUACCUAUGAGACUGAGGGUGGUGGGGGACGCUUCCUCAUGUCUUAUGACAGGACAUUGGUGAUAAAGGAGAUCUCCAGUGAAGAUGUGGCUGAUGUGCACAGCCUUCUCUCCCAUUACCACCAGUACAUUGUGAAGUGUCAUGGGAGCACUCUCUUGCCCCAAUUCUUGGGCAUGUACCGGCUCAGCGUGGAGAGUGAGGAGAGCUAUGUGGUAAUCAUGAGGAACAUGUUCAGCCACAGACUUACCGUGCACAGGAAGUAUGAUCUGAAGGGUUCUCUGGUAUCCCGUGAAGCCAGUGAUAAAGAGAAGGGCAAAGAACUGCCAACGCUAAAAGACAUUGACUUUCUAAACGUGAACCAGAAAGUGUACAUCAGUGAAGAGGCCAAGAAGGACUUCAUGGAGAAGUUAAAGCGAGAUGUUGAGUUCCUAGUACAACUAAAGAUUAUGGACUACAGCCUCCUGUUGGGGAUCCAUGAUGUGCAGCGAGCUGAGCAGGAAGAAGACGAGGAUCUGAAAGAAGAAGAGGAGGAUGGAGAGGGUGAACCUGGGGGUAUGGCAUCAGUUGGUUCCUAUGGAACAUCUCCUGAGGGCAUUGGCAGCUAUCUCAACUCCCACAAGCCUCUGGGGCCUGGUGACUUUGACCCUUAUGUUGAUGUCUAUGCCAUCAAAAGUGCUGAAAACAGUCCCCAGAAGGAGGUUUACUUCAUGGGCUUGAUUGACAUCCUCACACAGUAUGAUGCCAAGAAGAAGGCUGCACAUGCAGCUAAGACAGUCAAGCAUGGGGCUGGUGCGGAGAUCUCCACGGUGCACCCAGAGCAAUACGCCAAACGCUUUCUGGACUUUGUCACUAAUGUAUUUGCUUAGCAGUGUGAAGUACACCUUGUUGGCUAAAGCUGAAGAUCAAAGGUUUUCCUGUCCUCUGUAGUUCUCCCUCAUCCCACCCCGCCAAUUCUCAGUAAGAGGGAUGGUUUCCCUUUGCUGUAUGGAUCAGCAGGAGAGUUGGGUUGGCCUCAGACAAGCCCCAUAGUGGUUGGUCUGGGGGAUGGCUGCCAAAUCAAGUGCCUUAACUUAGACUUUCUGCUGGGAUGACAGUGGUCCAAAGUGCCAAAGAGCUGCUUUAUGCCUGCCUAUUGAGGCAGCUUCUCCUGCUCUCUCGCAGGAGCAGGUCAAAGAAGGCUGGCUGUGAAGAUUCAUCCCAGCAUUGACCUCCUCUAUCCCUUAGAGUUUGUCAGUGGUAAACUACCUGGUGACUCUGGUUAGGGUAAAAUCUAAACUCACAUAUUGGGUUAUAGCAUUAAGUAAUAUUUUAUUCCGAAACAGAAUAAUAUGCAAUAAGAACUUAAUCUUGUGCCUUGGAAGAAGGGGGCUCAAUGGGAUCUUCCCCAUCUACAUAAUCUGUUUCCUCUGGGGGUGACUGACAAAAUAUCCAUUUACCCUGUGAUAUCCAGUGGUACUACCUACUUGUUUCAAAGCCCCUCUGCUAAUUCUUUUCCUCCCUCCAGUGCUGGGAGACUGUAUUUGCCUCUCCCCCACAUAGUAGUGUUGGUCCCUGCUUAGCACUCUUGCCAGUAGUAGAGACCUGCCUUCUUCUCAUGAACAUUCUAAGAGUCCAACACUGCACUCCAGUUCCCCUUGGACUCUUUCCCCUCUGGCACUGCAGCCUCUUCAAACCUUGUUGCCCAAUUUCUGCUCCAUAUGAUAGACCCUUUUCCAAGGUCUACCGCUUUCCAUCAUUCUGCAAUGAUGUUGUUCUCCCCCUACCCCCAAUAGAUGGCGGAUGGGUACUAAUGCUAGUACAGGGAGACCGACCCCUGGCUGGCACUCUUUCCAUAGUUUCUUUGUCAUAAUGUUUGACAUAGUGAGGGGCUUGCAGUACUCCCUUAGCAGAAGGAGAUGUGGAGAGAGGAUUAUUCUGACCCUGGUGCAAUAUACCCAGUACUUUCUCUCACUCUGAUGUGCACUUGAGUGGGCUGAGUCAUGCUGCUACAUAGUAAAGCUGUGUCUUUCUGCGACACAGCCCAUAGUAGGUCCUGACUGUCUCUGCACCAGCCUCACUCAAGGAUAGCCUAUCAGAUUCCAAAGUCUCUGGGAGUGAAAACCCUACCCCACAUCUAGGUGGGAAUUGAACUAGGGCUGACUUUAGCAUAUUGCUGGGCUAUUUCAGAAGCAUUAGUGUGUAUGUUGCUGUUCUUCUGUGAAAGGAGCUCUAGCCAUUUUCUCUUUCCUUCAGGGUGUGUGUGUGCGUGUGCGCACGCGUGUGUGCAGAAGAGCAGGGCUCCCCAAAGACCCCAAACAGUGAACAUAGUGAGAGAUGCGUGCAAGGAACAAGAUUAAGUGAUCACAAGUCCGUUGCUCCUACCUGCCACGGUAGGCUAACUUGGUGUGCCAUGUCAGCUGCUGUCCUGGUAAGAAGGUAAACUCUUGUGGGAGGACUGGCAGUUGCAUAGCCACCUGAUUUGCUGCUUUAGGCCUGGAACCAAAGGAUAGGAUAGUGCUGGUCUAUUGAUACUCUCCCCUGUGCCCCCAUAGCAGUUAUCCUGGGACUGAUGCCAUUCCUUCUGAUGCAAUAAAGCCUGUGCAAUGGAAACUUGUUUGUGCCCAGGGGCUACACUACAUUCAGCCCCUUUCAGUGUUUUCUAAUUGUAUGAGAUGUUGUAUGUUUCCAGUUCUCUGUAUUGAUAGAAAUAAAUUAUUGAACCAGAA